UUCCGUGGACUCCUCGGCUGCUCCGGAAUUGCAAUCGAAAAUAACUUUUUGAAGAAUGUUUAUUCGCGCGGCAAAGGAUCAGAGACCAUAAAUGAGCUUUGAAAAAAAAAAACAUAUUCAAAAUGUUGAACGUAUUCACACGACAAAAGAUCCUUAAGCAAGCAAAGAGCUUGCGGAGAAUUGCAAGGUUGAUAUCAAGAAGUCCGCUUGGACCUGGGCCAGCUGGUCUCAAUAACUUACAAGAUAGACUCUUUCAAGUCUACCCAGAGGUUGCAGAGGCAAUUGUCAGUAAAAGGCCAGUCGUUGCAUUAGAGUCAACCAUUAUAACACAUGGAAUGCCCUAUCCAGAAAAUCUAAGAGUUGCCAAAGAAGUAGAAAAAAUUGUGAAAAACAAUGGAGCAAUACCAGCCACUGUAGCAAUUAUGUCUGGAAAAAUCCAUGUAGGUUUGUCAGAAGAGAACUUAGAGAGAUUAGCUCAGGAUACUAAUGCUGUAAAGACAUCCAGGAGAGACUUACCCUAUGUUAUCAGCAAGGGUCUAAGUGGAGGAACCACAGUAUCAAGUACUAUGAUUGCUGCAAAUGUCACAGGUAUCCCAGUUUUUGUUACUGGAGGAAUCGGUGGUGUUCAUAGAAGAGCAGAGUCAACAUUUGAUAUCAGUGCAGACCUUACUGAGCUUGGUAAAACCCCAGUGGCAGUUAUUUGUGCUGGAGCUAAAUCUAUUCUGGACAUUGAAUUGACUCUUGAGUAUUUGGAAACGCAAGGUGUUCUUGUGGCAACAUAUGGAGACUCUCUAGACUUCCCAGCCUUUUUCACUUCAAAAAGUGGAUUUAAGUCUGUUUGCAAUAUACAAUCCCCAGAGGAGGCAGCUAAUUUGAUUGAUGCGAAUUUAUCUUUAAAAUCCAACAGUGGGAUAGUUCUAGCUGUCCCAAUCUCAGAAGAUGAGGCUGCAUCUGGGGAAAUUAUAGAGAAAGCUAUCCAGAAGGCUUUAAAAGAAGCCAGGUAAUAAUUAUUACUAAUAAUUAUCACUAAUAAUUUACCAGU